AUGCUAAUACUGUUCUUCGGCGGCCUGUUCAUAAUCUUCAUCCUUUUGUCGGCUGUGGGAGUCCUGGGAGCUGUUGGAAGAUCAGAGAAGGCUCAGGAGUGGGUAAUGGAGAGUGUGGAGAAGAUGGUGCCAGUGAUCAAGCAGGAUUUCAAAACUCAGGGCACUCUCCAAAAGCUGGAAGAGCAAGAGCAUUUCUGUGGGUUGUUCAAUGGGUCUCAGGACUGGGGCAACAGCUCAUCAGUGCCACUUCUUCAGACUGCAAAGACACCACCAAAAACUGCACUGUAGUGGAUGGACGCAUUUCAUACUCAACACCUUGCAUGACUUACAGGAUGAAUCAGUUGGACGAGAUCUCAACAGCUAUGCUAGGAACCGCGUUCUGCUUUGCACCUUUGAUGAUCUUUGAAAUGGCCUUAUCCAUAGUCGUGAUCUGUCAGCAGGGCCAGCAUCAGGCAUAACAGACAUAAGCGGUCACUUAGGGCCCCCCGGGGCCUCCGACCAAAAAAUACAAUAUAAAAAUAUAUAGCGAUUUAAAUAAAAAAAUGUUUUACUCCGUUAGUAGGAAAUUAGCUUUUAAAGUGUGAAAAUGUCUCUUCACCCCAUGGCAAAACGUGUAGAAUUGCAGGAAAUUAACUAAAAUGUUUCUCUCUGCCGUCAAGGGCAACUAAAGGCCGCUCCACAUGUGCGACUCAAAUUUUGGAACGGAUCAUAUACUACGCUCCGUCGCUCUGUUUACAUAGGGUGUGUAGGGCCCUUAAAAAUUGUUGCCGCAAGGUGGGAGGGCCGCCAAACCAAUCUCGCUUAGGGCCCCCACUUUCUGCAUAGUCUAAGGCCAUCUUUACACAUACAAAACUGAUCUUGCUCACAACACAUUUUAUUAAAUAUAUAUUGAGUUACUGCGUUUUUAGUAUUAGAGUGAAAGUCUUUCAGUUUGUGAUUUCAAGAACUUUAAAUAUUAACCCAUUCAUGUCCAUAACUGAAAUGUAUAAUUUCCUUUAGUACACUUGUUCUCUGAGCUUAAUGGACAAAUCUGAUCCCCCAAAAUAUAUUGCCCAGAGUGUUUAAAAAAUAUAUAUUGUACUGUAUUUAGUCUUUGGACACAUCGGGUUACUGCUUUUUAUAGUGGAGAUCAAGUUUAUAAAUUGCUUGGCUGGGCUGAAGACAGUGGAUAUUAUUUAUUAUUUGAUAAGAUGUCUUUCUCACUUAUAGACCAUCCAAAAAACGAAUGUCCUCCUUCCCCAUCUUAAUCAAGUCUGUGUCAAAUCUCAAGUAUCGUUAAGGCAAUUCUUCCACAUCAAUGCUUUAAUGAAAGAUGAAUUAUGGUCUUGAUUACACUAAUCACUCAUUCAUAUAUAUCACUUGUGUCUUCUGGCAAAAAUCUACUGAUUGCUUGGAUACCUGGAGCAUGCUAUAAGGAAUAAAUAUAUUGGAGGAAAGAUAAUGUAGACAUUAACCAGGUCUCCAUCCAACCUUUUUAUGAGUGUAAAGUACAUGUCGGAUUAAAAAUGUCACGACAGGCCUGAUGGGAACAGCAAAUUUGGCGGUAAACUUUCUAAAUGUCGACAAAACAAAAUACGCUAGACAAGGUGGGAUCUUUUUGUGUCUGUAAAUGUAAUGAUGCAAGAAAUGGCAGUAGAAACACCUUUAUGCGCAAAUAUUGAUAGAAUAACCAACAUAUCAAAGUAAACUUGGAGUCACGCGAUGAUAUUGUGUGGUCCUUCUACUACGAUUCGGGAAAGCAUGCAGUAUAUUAGACUAUAGAUGAAAUAAGUUAUGAUGAACUUCACAUGGUGGUGAAAGUGCAAGUUGAUGAGGUUGAUGCUCCUUUCCAAUAAAUAUCUAGGGUCUUAUUCUGAUGACAUGAUGAUCGAUACUUGGCUGCCAUUUGAAAAAAUUGCUCUCAUCAUGUAGGUAACCUACCCACACUGUAUCUGCGAGCUGUUGGUUAGAGCGCACAUGCCAAGACCAGAGAAAACCAUCAGUAGAGUUGAAAAUGCGAUGGAAAUCCAUUUAACUUGUAUUUUUUAUUCAGUACAUGGGAAUUUAACAGCAAAAGUAUUUUUUUAAAAAUGUAUAUGCAAUAUGUCAUCACGCACAGAUCUUUGGUGGGAAAAUGUAUUUAUGCGGAUUAUAGAAUAUUCACAUUAAUAUCUGUUAGCUUUUUUUUUGGUUUUCCAAUGCCAAUAAUUGUCUAUGUCCUCCACAGACUAAAUCAAUUUAGGUUGAGUGUAGAGAAAAUGGGUUUUAUCUGAACAUUUCCAUUUUGUUGAUUUGCUCUAAUUGGCAUGGAGAAAGUUCAUUUUCUCCAAAAAAUUGCAAACAGCAAGUAACAAUUCUUUGUCUCAAUGGUUUUGAUUGAAACUUCCCCGAUAGCACACAAAGAUACUAACAAUGCCCUGCCGGGGAUGCGGCUGGCACAAGAAGCAAUUGCAUUUCUCCUAAUACCUUCCCUCCUGCCACAGGCAAAGUCAGCCAGGAAGUAUGUGGAGGUAAACAAGGAUGACUGAAAGUCUUUGCAUGUGGCCCAGUCCAUGCGUCCGGGUAAAUCCGUUGUGAAGGUGAAUCUUGGACGAAUCGUGUCUGGACUCUAAACUCAAACAGCUACAUAAAUGAAACAUCAGACUAUCACAAAUUCACCCAUCACAUGGCCCCUGAUACUAUACUGAGAUGUGAGACAAAUAAAAAAAUCACAUAACAGGCAAAGGAGCAUGGAUAACAGUGUAAAUUGGUCCUUGUUAAUGUCAUGGAUGUUAUUUUGAUGUUGAACCCCUUUAAAGGUUGUGUGUCUACUCAGUACUAUAAAAGGCAAUGCUUUGUGAUGCCUGCUCACUGUGUUUUGGAUAUUUCAUGAGUCACUGAUUUGAGUUAGUUUUUGGUCAUAGUUUGGCCUGGUUUAAAUUGAGCCUGCUAUUUGUUCUUCUCACAGAGCCAAGCCUUGGCCCACUACAAAGGAACAAAACACGCCAAGAAGCUGAAAUCUCUGGAUGCUCCCAAAUGUAAGCUCAAUGGUUCAGUGGUCACCAAGGAAACCACCAACCAGGAAACCCCUAAGAGCAUCAACCCUCCAGCAAUGUCCUACGGCACUGACAGGAAAGGUUGGUCAUUUUCCUUUACUUUCCUUCCGUAUCCACUGUUUUUUCCAAUCCCCAUCCACUCUCUCUGUCUGUCACUCUUUUCUUUGUCACAUCCAUCCAACAAAUUUCAAAAGGUGCCGAGUCUGCCGAAAUACCUGAUCAGGUCCCUUUGGUGUAAAGGUUGCAAAAUAAAAUUGUGGGAGUACAGAAACAGUGUGCUGAUAGUUCUCUUUCUCCUCAUCCGUUUGUUUUUACCUGGAUAACAUUACUGUAAAUGUUGUAUAUCUGAUCAUGGUGUCACACUAGAGAAAUUUGGGAGUAGGAGGAAGUAGAUACAGUUGACGUCUUGACGAUGUACAUUUACUACAGGAGACAGGCACCAGGACCAGAUAAGCUUGACCGUCUUAUCUUUCUAAAAUUCAGUCGGUGGAGGCUCGGAGGAUGACCUUCUGUCAAUUCCAUUAGUCUUACAGCUGAACCCAUAGGACCUGGAGAAGCAGAGUGCUCUCUGGGUAACCUCUGUCCACUACUAAAUUAUUCCUGUAUCCAUCUUUAAUUGCCUCAUAAAAUGGCACCAAUGAAACCUUGGACCAUGGCUCUCCAGGAUUAGGUUUGAGUGCCUCAGUCCAGGGCCUUCAAUCCAAUGUUCCAUGUGUAAGCGAUUUUAAACCAGGAGCACAUUUCUGGAGCACACACCAGCAUCCAUAAUUGAGCUCAGGUCCUGCGAUUCCUUUUCACACUCUGUAAGUCACUGCAUUGUGAACACUCUGGUCUUGCAUGCUCACACCUGCAGAAUAGGAUCAUUCACAACUUACGGAGAGGGUAUCAACAUAUUUAAAAAGUCAUAAAAUAUUUAUUCCAAUGGUACAAUGUUUUGUCCCCACAUUCUAUUCAGUUGUAAAGGUAGAGUAUACCAGGUAACUUUUUAAUAUAACGUUUGCUCCACAAAUGGGGUAUUUCGUCAAUGUAUGUUUUGGUCCUCCUCAUGUUUGCUUAAUAGAAACCCCCUCUAGCGAGAGCUGAUAUCACUCUUCAGUUUCGUACCAACCUAAUGAAUUACAAAACAAGCUUUCGUUUAUUAUCUUUGAAUAUUUAUGCAUUUGUUAGAGAAAUGCAGCACAGAGUUCACUCAUAGGUGUGUCUCAAGAGCAAGCCCACGUCUCACUAUGUGGAAAAUAUUGUUCACAAAAUAAUGUUUAACAAUAAGACCCUGGAGGCCUCAAAGACAGACCAUUAAACACUGUAUCGGAAAAGGAACAUAGCCAUAAAUCAUUUUCAUCACUGACCUCCCAAAACAAACAAGCAGGUUUCUCCUCCACCUUGCUAUCGUGUCUACAAAACGUGGGAGCGUCCGUUUGUCACAAGUGGCAUUGGGUAAUGAAUAUUAAUGUGCUCAGAUGUCAGGGAAAUUAAUUGGCAAGGCGGGUAAACGCCACAUUAUCUUUGGGGCUGAAGUAUUUAGCGGUAUAUCAGUGCCCGUGAGCUCCUCUAAUGAAAAGCAGAGGUCAGGGAAGAGAAAUGGCUACAGUGAGCAGAUAUGAGCAAUGGGGGAGAGGAACUGCAGUCUCUUUUGAUAGUGGGCUCACAGUGUUGAUGCAAAACUUCUGCCAAAGUGCCAUUAUAACACACGUUCUGUGUACGUUGUUCUGUGUUUUUUUUUUACUUGUGAACUUGUGUGUAGCUUCGAAUGGACAGCCGGCAAACAGUGAGAUUGUAUAGAUUAGUCGAUGACUUAGCCACUGCUUGUCAAGCUGUGUGUGUGUGUGUGUGUGUGUGUGUGUGUGUGUGUGUGUGUGUGCGUAUGCGUGUGUGCAUGUGUGCGCAUGCACGUGCCUAAGAAAGAGAAGAGUUGCCCAUAACGCAGUCGCCAUCUCUCAGUUACAGUCCAGUGCCUGAGGAAAUGUACCCUGAUAUUAGCUAUUAAAGAGCAGAUUGUCAGGGGAGCCAUGCCUGUACUGACAGCAGCUACACAAUAGAACAGGCAUGGGGCAUGGGGGCUAGCUUAGGCUUGUUCAGCCAUCAGUUAACCAUCACAGCUCCCCAUGCACGUCUCCUAACCAACAAGGAAUUCAAAUAUCCAAAUCUCUUCUGUAUGCACUGGGUUGGAAAAAGCCCUUACACAGAGACAUGCAUCACAAAUCUGAUGACUCUGUGCAUUAAACCAGCUUUUCACUUGCGUGGAACUACAAUUUACUGUAAAUGCCCUCAUUUGUGAGAAGUUCUGAGGAGGUUUGAAGCUGUAGAAACUUUCCAAAAGGAUUUUGUCUGGAGAAUGAAUUCCAAUGAGAAAGGAGGGGCUGAAUGAGUCAACGUAAGAUCUAUGACCCCUGCUGUGAAAUAUCUCAAAGAUAAUUUUGCUCUGUUAUCCAAAUGAUUAUCGCGACCAUUAUAAAUACACUUCUGUAUCAAAGCUACUUUAUCAAGAUCCUAAUCACAGUAGAUUCAAAACUGCCUCUGUAGUUGGCCUGGAAAUCAAAAUGAAGAAAGGAAGGAAUGCCUUACAACUGCAGGGGUUUCUGUCCUUUAAGUCAUGGUGGCAUAUCAUGGGGCCCAAUGGUUUUAAUUAAAGAGCUUAAUCCAGCAUCAUUGAGAAAGGUAAUCAGAUCUCGGGGGAGCUCUGUGAUUGCCUGGAAGCCUAACGAGAGUGGAAAGAUUUGAGAAGAGCAUUUCUGCUCUAUCGCCAAAGGAAAUCUCCCGGGAGAGCCGAGAGCUAUAGAGGUAUAAAAACAGGUGACGAAAAGGACAGGGAGCUCUUCAAGAGGGUCAUGAUACCUGUCACUCGAAUUCCCUCUUUCUUUGUGGCAUGCACUCUCUUUCUCUCUCUUCUCUUCUCUCUCUUUUCUUUCUCUCCUCCUCCUUCUCUUCUCUUCUCUUCUCUCUCCUCCUCUCUCUCUCCUCCUCUCCUCUGCAUCUUCUCUUUCAUCUUCUCUGUCUCUUACUUAUCCCUUACUCCUACAACCCCCCCCCCCCCCCCCCCCUCUCUUAGCCCAUAGCUGUCAGUCCCCACCUGCUGCCUCUCUAGAUUGAUCACAGUCAUUACCUUCAUUAAUGAGAGGGGAUUGAGUUCUUAACACGGCCUCCCAGAGCCAGUUAGGUCACAGCGAGUGGGGAUAUGGAUUACUGGAGCCUUCCCAGAGUAGAGGGCUUUUAGGCCAGCCAAAGUACACUAUAAUCACCUGCUCGCGAAAGGUAAAUGGCUCUUUAAUGGCAUUAUGGAGGAUGAGUGAACUGCAAUGCAAGAACAGACACAUUCAUGUUCCUACAUGGCCUUUUGAACAGGUUGACCUUGAUUGAAAUGGAGGUGUGUCACUGAAAUGGGAUUUCCUGGUUAAAGGAUGAAGCAAGGAGGGCCUCCCGAGUGGCGCAGCGGUCUAAGGCACUGCAUCGCAGUGCUAGAGGCAUCACUACAGAUCGGGGUUUGAUCCCGGGCUGUAUCACAACCGGCCGUGAUCGGGAGUCACAUAGGGCGGCGCACAAUUGGCCCAGCGUCGUCCGGGUUAGGGGAGGGUUUGGCCGGGGGGCUUUACUUGGCUCAUCGCGCUCUAGCGACUCCUUGUGGCGGGCCGGGCACCUGCAGGCUGACCUUGGUCGUCAGUUGAACUGUGUUUUCUCCGACACAUUGGUGCGGCUGGCUUCUGGGUUAAGCGGGCAGGUGUUAAGAAGCGCGGUUAGGUGGGUCAUGUUUCAGAGGACGCAUGACUUGACCUUCGCCUCCCGAGCCUGUUGGGGAGUUACAGCGAAGAAACAUGAUCGAAAUUGAGGAGAAAAAGGGGGUAAAAAAUAAUAAUAAUAAGGAAGAGUCACAUCCAUGCUUGUGUGUACAGUACACAACCACACACAUACUGUAAAUAUAACAUACUGUAUAUACCAGGGGAGAACGGCUCAUAAUAAUGGCCGGAAUGGAGCAAAUGGAAUGGCAUCAAACACCUGGAAACCAUGGGUUUGAUGUAUUUGAUACCAUUCCACCUAUCCUGCUCCUGUCAUUACCACGAGCCCGUUCUCCCCAAUUCAGGUGCCAACAACCUCCUGUGGUAUAUACUCACCACAAAAACACAAGUACAACAGAGUACAUACUCAAAAGCACAUGUAUAGAGACGUGCAUGCUAGCACAACACAUAUACAGUGGCUUGCGAAAGUAUUCACCUCCAUGGCAUUUUUCCUAUUUUGUUGCCUUACAACCUGGAAAUAAAAUAGAUUUUUGGGGGGUAUCAUUUGAUUUACACAACAUGCCUACCACUUUGAAGAUGCAAAAUAUUUUUUAUUGUGAAACAAACAAGAAAUAAGACAAAAAACUGAAAACUUGAGCUUGCAUAACUAUUCACCCCCCCUCCCAAAGUCAAUACUUUGUAGAGCCACCUUUUGCAGCAAUUACAGCUGCAAGUCUCUUGUGGUAUGUCGUUAUAAGCUUGGCACAUCUAGACACUGCGAUCUUUGCCCAUUCUUCAAGGCAAAACUGCUCCAGCUUCUUCAAGUUGGAUGGGUUCCACUGGUGUACAGCAAUCCUUAAGUCACACCACAUAUUCUCAAUUGGAUUGAGAAGACAUUUAAAUGUUUCCUCUUAAACCACUUGAGUGUUGCUUUAGCAGUAUGCUUAGGGUCAUUGUCCUGCUGGAAGGUGAACCUCCGUCCCAGUCUCAAACCUCUGGAAGACUGAAACAGGUUUCCCUCAAGAAUUUCCCUGUAUUUAGCGCCAUCCAUCAUUCCUUAAAUUCUGACCAGUUUCCUAGUCCCUGCCGAUGAAAAACAUCCCCACAUCAUCAUGCUGCCACCACCAUGCUUCAUUGUGAGGAUGGUGUUCUCGGGGUGACGAGAGGUGUUGGGUUUGCGCCAGACAUAGCGUUUUCCUUGAUGGCCAAAAAGCUCAAUUUUAGUCUCAUCUGACCAGAGUACCUUCUUCCAUAUAUUUGGGGAGUCUCUCACAUGCCUUUUGGCGAACACCAAACGUGUUUUCUGGCCACUCCUCCGUAAAGCACAGCUCUAUGGAGUGUACGGCUUAAAGUGGUCCUAUGGACAGAUACUCCAAUCUCCGCUGUGGAGCUUUGCCGCUUCUUCAGGGUUAUCUUUGGUCUCUUUGUUGCCUCUCUGAUUAAUGCCCUCCUUGCCUGGUCCAUGAGUUUUGAUGGGCGGCCCUCUCUUGGCAGGUUUGUUGUGGUGCCAUAUUCUUUCCAUUUUUUAAAUAAUGGAUUUAAUGGUGCUCCGUGGGAUGUUCAAAGUUUCUGAUAUUUUUUAUAACCUAACCCUGAUCUGUAAUUCUCCACAAUUUGUCCCUGACCUGUUUGGAGAGCUCCUUGGUCUUCAUGGUGCCGCUUGCUUGGUGGUGCCCCUUGCUUAGUGGUGUUGCAGACUCUGGGGCUUUCAGAACAGGUAUAUAUAUACUGAGAUCAUGUGGCACUUAGAUUGCACACAGGUGGACUUUAUUUAUCUAAAUGUGACUUCUGAAGGUAAUUGGUUGCACCAGAUCUUAUUUAGGGGCUUCAUAGAAAAAGGGGUGAAUACAUAUGCACGCACCACUUUUGCGUUAUUUAUUUUUUAGAAUUUUUUGAAACAAGUAAUAUUUUUCAUUUCACUUCACCAAUUUGGACUAUUUUGUGUAUGUCCAAAUAAAAAUCAAUUUAAAUUACAGGUUGUAAUGCAACAAAAUAGGAAAAACGCCAAGGGGGAUGAAUACUUUUGCAAGGCACUGUAUGUUGACAGACAAACUACAAAAACACAUUUAACCCCGCUUUUCAAGGACAAAUACAAUUAUUAUCUUGUGCUGAAAACCUGCCCAUAGAAGGCGGUAGGUUGACAGCUCUUGGUCUCUAGUGAGUUGGCUUUGAUUGAGUGAUUGGAUUAGUGUGACUGUGGGGUGUAUUGAUACCUGGCACUCAAGAGAAGGCUGGGAGUAUGUGAAUAAUAAUUGCAGGGGGGUGAGGGUUAUUGCUUUCCUCUUAGCAUAAACAGUAUUCAUCAGUGACAAGAUGAGGCCCACCAUAAAUUGCCAUCCAAUUAAUUAUUCACUCAAAUGCUAAUGGUCGUGGCUUCAUGUGAUAUAACAGAAAUAUCAAGUAUGGAAAGUGUCAACUAGAGUUAAUGGUGUAUAUUGUAAUUUGGAUAUUGUAGAGUAUUAUGAAUGAAAUGGUUUGGUGUCAUGUGGAACUUCAUGUAAAGUUUUCGAAUAAUUUAAUUGAGAACUUACGGAAUAAGCAAUUACAAUUCAUGCACUGAAAGAUUUAUCAAUACUCAAUGAUAUUAUAUUGUCACAAAUCACAUUCAUUAUUUUUUACGUUCAUCAACACUAAUAAAUGAAUACAAUUCUGUGUUUGUAAUUACAUACCCAAAACAAAUUAUUCCUCUCAAAAAUCACCUUAAUAGCAGAAAGUGAAUGAAUUGCAUGUUUUUGGACUCAAAUGUGAUAAAUGUGUGUCUAGUGAUGUUGUAACUCCCAUCAGUAUUGUGCGUCUCUGACACCUCUACUGGGAUAAAUAAGAGCCAUACAUAAUGGUUCGCAAAAAUAGCACGACAUAAUUCACUAUUGAUUUGCUCCCUUGGAUGGCGAUCUUCACUCUGUGUCAUUGCAGUAGAGAGAAAUGAGAAGAAUUGACAUCGAUCAGGGGAUGCUGCUGUAUUCUUUAUAACAACUUGUGUUGUUUCUCUCAUCAGAUCGCAUUGAUCCAUAUAUUACUUUCAUCUCUAUACAUGAGACAAUUAUUUUUGGUGCAGUGGUCGUCUUGUUAAUUGACCUUCCCUGCUGAAAUAAAUUAUCUAUCGCCCUCUGCAGAUGGCUUUCCGGGUGCAUCACCACUACCGCUAUCUCCUGUGCUCACACUGGCUCCAACCUUGGGAUCCCUGGCAUCAACCCUGGCACCCAUGACAUCAAUGUUACCCCCCCUGGCACCUACGCUGGCAUCAAGUCCCAACUCAUCCACAGGGACAGAGACUACCUCAGCCACAGGAGGGGACGACAGGGCCUCGCCCAAACCCAGCUCACCUUUAGAACCAGACAUGGAGGUGGAGCAAGAGGCUGAGACAGACCCAGAGACAGAGGAAGAGAAAGCCAGGCGUCUGCUCUACUGCUCGCUCUGCAAGAUGGCCGUCAACUCAGCAUCUCAACUGGAGGCUCAUAACAGCGGUGAGAGACCUGCCCUCCGCUCAGUCCCUCCUGUCCCUGGGGGCUCAAUCGCUAACCCUUUAUAGCAGCUCUUAAAUGGAGUUCACUCUUCUGUCAAUGUGAAGAACACAGCCAAUCAUGUUCAUCAAUUGAUUGGUAGGGUAUAUUCAUUGGCAAAUAAUGUCAGUGCCUCUCAAUGCUGUUUACAUAAUAGUGGCAAGGGACUGUGGAUGCAAAUGCCUGAUAGACCUUAUUGUGACACACUUUGUCCUUUUUUAUCAUCCAGGUACGAAGCACAAGACCAUGCUAGAGGCCAGGAGUGGUGUUGGCUCCAUCAAGUCCUUCCCCCGGCCAGGGGUCAAGAGUAAGCUAGCUCCGCCCACCAAGGCAGCCACGGGCCUACAGAACAAAACGUUUCACUGUGAGAUCUGCGAUGUGCACGUCAACUCCGAGACACAGCUUAAACAGGUGAGAGACACCAGGGUUUUACAUGAACAUUAGCCAUUGUAAAUUAUCACAGUUCCAUGAGUGAAAAUUGUGAAUUUAGUUAAUGGAAAUUGUUUGAAUUCACUAUGUUUAAAUGUCAGGUUCUUAUCAGUGGUAUAACUGUAUCUGUCUCUCUUGUGUUCGUUGAAGUAGUGUCUAACUGGAAAUUCUUACGAAGCCUAUGUAAUAUAACCUUAACAUUACAGAAAAUAGUUUUCAGGCAGUGAUUACACAAAAUGAAUAGAAACAAAUUAGUAGGUAGGCUUUCAAAACUGGAUGAAUGGAACAUGUCUUAAAAUUGAAUUGGAACGUUUUUUAAAAUAUAUAUUUGGGCUUUUAGGGUGCCGCGUUGAUCAUGCAAUUUUGACGUUGCAUUUACUAGGCAAUUUUCUUGUUUUGAUUUGUACCUCUACAGCUGACAACCUUCCAAAUCAAUUAGAGGUGUUCUGUCCUCCUUGGUCUUUUGGUAGUCUCUACCUUUCUUACUAUAUAACCUUACUGUCCUCUCCAUCUCUCCUCCAGCACAUCAGCAGCAGACGUCACAAAGACAGAGCGGCAGGCAAACCGGCCAAACCCAAAUACAGCCCCUACAGUAAACCCCCGAAAGGCCAGGCCACACAACCAGUAAGUCCCUUCUAGUCUCAAUACUGACACAAUAAAGGUCAUCACAACAGAGUCAGAGGAAUCACCCAAACAAUCAGAAAGUCUCUACUCCACAAAUCUAUGUCACCAAAAUGUGAGGGACAUGAUUGAGGGUAUCUCAUGCUCUUGUUUUGUAAUCUAAAACUAUGUAUUUCAUUAUUCGUCUAUUCAAUAUCCCCUGGAUAUGAAGUUGAUAUGGUUUGUGACUUUACAGGCCUAGUAAAAAUGAAGGUCUGAGACAGGCAUGCUAAAGGUGGAAUGUAUUGAGGGAAAAGUCAAGUUUCCAUCAUGGGUCUCAUAAAGUGGCAGACAGAGAUAACUUGCAACUAGGCCCAGGGGUUGACAAUCUGUGGGAAAUGACUCCUCUAAAUCCCAUCAUCAACUGUAUUAACCCAGAGGAGACACUUUUAUAUGGAAGAGCAAAGAUUCCUCCAAGUAGGUUAGAAUACAUGAUUCAGUUGAUUGACAGCACAUAACAAUUUCCAUCUUUGUGUUCAGAGGAAGCUCCAUUUCCCUAUCACUGAUACAGAAGACGUUUCAAAGAGCUCCAUUGACCUUCAAACCCAUACUCUCAGACACUGAUUGAGUUUUUUGUUCUCUGUCUCUCUCUCUCUCUCUAUAUAUAUAUAUAUUUCAAUGUAAGUGCUUUAUUGGCAUGGGAAACGUAUGUUAACAUUGCCAAAGCAAGUGAAGUAGAUAGUAAACAAAAGUGAAAUAAAUAAUAAAUAUUAACAGUAAACAUUACACUCAGAAGUUCCAAAAGAAUAAAGACAUUUCAAAUGUCAUAUUAUGUAUAUAUACAGUGUUGUAACAAUGUGCAAAUAGUUAAGUAGAAAUAUGUGUUGUAUUUACAAUGGUGUUUGUUCUUCACUGCUCUCUCUCUCUCUCUCUCUCUCUCUCUCUCUCUCUCUCUCUCUCUCUCUCUCUCCCUCCCCCCCUCCCCUCUCUCCCCCCCCCCCCCCCCCCCCCCCAGGUGAAGCUGACAGUGGGGAAGGAGUUGUGCCAGCCUCAGAUAACCCAGAUAAUGCCCGCUCAUCUGGCAGCAUUGGCAGCAGCAGCCAUGGGCUCGGCCUUCCCCGGCUUCCGCUCCACCCACGCUAACUCCCAUGGUCCCACCUUUUUUCAGACACAGACCCUCCCUGCUGCUCUGCUCCGCCCCGCCCCCGGGCCUGUCAGGACCUCCCAUACACAGUUACUGUUUGCCCCCUACUGACUCACAACCCCACCCUAUAGGCUCUAUGGACUUCCCAUGACGGACGUGCCACGGAAGUAGUUAUGAACCAGGGUCCUCUUCCCUCUGCUUAUCCCUCUAUACAUUUGGACCACAGGCCACCUUCACCAGAAUAUGUGGAUAAUGGGCACACAGGUAUUGUUUAACCCAUACUGACAGAUAAACCCUACUGGGCUGGGAAGACCUCCCGUUAUGGAUUUCCCAAGGAACCCAUCAAUGGCCCAGGGCCAGAAUUGAUCAGUGUCCCCUUCCCUCUGCUGUUUCCCCUACAUUCAGAGAAGAAACACACCGGAACAACUAACGGCUAAAAGCAACAGAUGGCGCGGUGUGUUAGUGAUCACCUGCUGGUUGUGAACGAUCCAACGUGUAGAAUCAUGGGGAAAUUAACGGAAAAUAACAGGCUUUUAACCGUUCGUCGUCCUGGUGUGUUUCUUCUCUCAAGACUGCGAUCUUCACCAAAACAUGUGGACUACAGACAACCUGAAGCAUUACAUCUGGACUACUGCCCACUCCAUUCCGUUUGGAUUGCUACUGCUCUACAGUAUUAACCCUGCAUCGCCUGUUCCACUGGACUACAGGCCAGUCUCAUCAUUACUGUAGGACCACCCUGUCCAAUCUACUCUCCCGUCUUCACUGAGUCAUUGACUCAUCACAAUUCCUUCCUAUAGUAGUUAGUACUUAGUAGUACCCACACAGCCACCCCUUCUAGUAAUACGGGGCUAUUUAGCCUCACACAUUCCUGUACCAUUCUCUUGCCCACUAAUCAUACCCAAGAAUCAGGACUUGGAGUUAUAUUGUACUGCAAUAAUGUAUAAGACAAACCAGUGAACUAUGCAGUGUCAUUUCUGUCUAAUGCAAGGCACAGUUUGAGCUAUAAAUGUGCUAAAGGGAUAUCAUAUUUGUAAAGAUAGUGUCACACUAAGAUCAUUGCUUCAGUGGAGGUAGCUAUCACUCAUGUUUGUAAAGAAGACUGAUAAGGAUCUCCUCUUUUGCUGUAUGCACUUUAAGUCCCCCCUCUGUUGAUGUCUACAGUACAUUAGAUGGCUAGAGUAUGUGUCCUAGUUUCUCUUGCAUUAUGUGUAUGUGUCUGUUAGUGUGUAAGUGUUUGUUCCUUUGUGUGUGUGCGUAUGUGUGUGGGUGUAUAUGGGUGUUUGUGUGUGACCUUGCCCUCCACCUAAAGCCAUCCCAGCUGACACCCAAUAAGCAUUCUGAAUGACCACGUCAUGGGCUAAAGGGACCACUAAGGCUUGUGUAUAAUAUCUGUUAAUGUGUAAAAGAUGAACAAUUUCAAAUAAAAUAGUCUUACUUUGUUAA